UUGUGAGCCGACGAACAAGAUGGAUUUCAAAGUGCUCUGGCUGAUCAGUUCCUUCUGGACUCUGGCCCGAUCCCAGUGCCAAACGGACCAGGCGAUCCAGGGGACCAAAGCGUGCGGCACCAGCUUCAGGAGUCAACUUUCGGAGAAGCAAUUCAAUGCGACUAACCCCGCCGACCUUCACGAAGCCUGCUGCACCAUGGACUUCCUGGAGCGGUGUCUGCACAAGGCCAGCGGCGAGGCAGGCUGCAGGGAGGAAGUCUCCGCCCUGGUGCACACGUUGCUUCAAACCGCCAAAGAUCUGCUCGGCGACGUGUACAACACCAACUGCAAGUACGACUGCUCGGGCGCCGCGCAGGGGCUCCACGUCACUUCCGCUUACCUGGCACUUCCGUCCUGCCUACUGCUGCUGGUCUACAACUUGAAGUGGACGCUGUCGUGA